GUAGUCAGCGUCUAUCAACCCAUUUCAUUUCGCACGCGCGUACGGCGGAGAACUGAGGCCAGGAACCAAGAUUGUUUGCUGGCCUGGCCAGGCAUGUGAUGCGCGGCCGAGUAGAUUCUAGAUUCUUAUUCUAAAGCAGAGCGAUUCCACUGAUCGCUACAUGAGAAUGAAGGACUACAUACAGAUGAUCUUGGGCAACCACCUCAGGGACUAGAAGUCUUCCAACAACUCUUCUCCCAAAAGAUUCUCCCAAUAGAUUCCAGCACAGGUUGGCAGCUACUAGGUGUCCAACAUGAUCUCCGGUGUUGGGAGAAACAGGUUAGACUUGGUGGGAGCUACUACAGUCUUCAUGGAUCAAGUGCUAUUGUUUCAUCCAGUGCAAUGGGUAUCAUGGAGACUCUGAAAGACAUCACCAAGACCACAGAAUGGGACAACGAAGUCAGUGAAAGCAACUAUGUUUCCAUCCCAACCACCACCAAUGCCUCAGACCACCAUCCCCUCGUGGUAGACGUAGUCAGCUUGACCCUCGCCAAACGGAAAACACUCUCACCAAGUUUUAUGGACAGACUCGUUGCUUUUCUUGCCAUACCCUACAACAUGCUGUCCCAGGGGUCUGGGUAUAGCACAUACAGGAAUGCCUCUAAACCAGCUGUGGUUGCAAGAUCUUGGAAGAUGGAAGGAGACUCAUCGGGUUGGAUGUUCAGUCGGACAGUGUCUAAGGGCAAAGGUCACUCACUUGAUGAAUUAUGGAGUUAUACACUAGUACAGUCAUCUACAGAAGAUACCAAUAAGAGUCUUAUACAUCACCUAGCCUGCACCAUGCUAUCAGAUAAGAACGCUUCACACUCUGAGAAACCAGCCUCAAGACUAUCUGCUCUCAAACAAUACUUUGAGCUGAAGCAUCUUAAAGUAGGCCCACUAUGCCAUUGCAGCCUUAAACAUCUCACCAGCCACACUUUGCAAUCCAAAGCCUGCAUCAAUGGCACCUCCAAUAAAUACUCUUUGAAGGAGUCACUUCCAGAUAGUGUCAUGCCUAUAUACAACGCAUUGGAUAGUCUGAGCAAGUCAGAUAGUCAAGUGAUGGAGAAACUGAGUUUGAGUUGGCCGAAUGAUACCAACAGGCCAAGAACUUCCAGUCUAGGUGUGUGGCAGGAUAACUCUUCCAGUGAUGAUGCAGGGUUUUACAGCGAGAGGCAGUACAGGAGUCGUAGGCAGAGAGCCAAGAAGACUAUGAGUGCCGAUGUAACGGCAGGAGGCGAAGGGAGGAAGAGGAAUUCCUUGGAGAAGAAGACAAGGUCAUUGGAUAGAACCACCAAUGAGAAGGAAUUAGGAGACAUAGAAGACAGUGGCGUUGCAGACAAUAUGGUUGAGUAUCAAACAUUAGCUGAUCAAGGAGCAGAAGUGGUAUUGGAGGAAAGUAUCAAAGCAGCAAGAAUCAAUGUUAAUGGUUCUGAGGAUGAUCAGAUGCAGCAGACAGGUGGAUGGUCCUUUCAUUGUCUUGAGAAGGAUGUGGUAAUACUGAAGAAACCAAAGAAUGGAAAGUAUUACAGCUACCUUGGAAAGGGAGUGAUCAAAGCAUCUCCUGCUGCUGUCUUCAAAGCCAUUAGAAACCCAAGGACUAGAUUCACCUAUGAUACAAUGUUGAAGAAAAUGGACAUUGUAAAAACCUUCUCAGAUGAUUUGUGUGUCUAUCACAUGGUCCAUGAAGUGCCUCAAAUCUUGAAAAAGGAAUCAAGAGAUUUCUGUGUGCUACAAGUCUGUAAGACAGUGGGUGAGCGUUACAUUGUGGCUUGCCAAUCCAUUGAUUGUAGAGACUGUCCAGAGGAAGGGUUGUUGGUCAGAGGUCAUAUAUUACCCAGUGGAUGGGUCAUUGAACCAGUGGGAAACCAGUACUCAAUGGUCACCUACUUUACUCAUGUUGCCUUGUGUGGUAAAGAUGUCCCAGUCGCCUUCAAUCAGUUCCUAUCUGUUCGCGUGCCACUCAGCAUUGCUUACCUUCGUCUCUUCCUGGAAGCACAGCUGCCUUGAUCACUCUAUAAUGCCUGUAAUAUCAUGCCUUCAGACAUUUCAUCAUUAUGUUCGGAGAAACCAGCAUAGAAUGACAGGAAUGGGACUAUUGGAAUUUCUUAUACCUUUCAUAAAUGGUAACUGUACAUAGUAAAAUUUUCAUGUACAGGUAUUUUGCAGAUUGUGAUGAUUGAACAUUUUCAUGCUUCCACCCACCAAGUGUGAUUGCUGAGGUGUUGUGUAUUUGGGUCGUCCCAUUUUCGUGGACAGAUCAACUUUAAACUUGGCUCAUGUGUACAUGGGGGAUGGGUAUCAAGGUCAAAGUUGAAAGGUUACAGGUAAUUUUGUACCUGAAAUGUGUUUUUUGGCGAGAACUAGAAGAGCAUGUGAUGGAUCAAAUUCAUAAGUUGGCUCAUGUAUUUGUAUUGCAGUGGUAAUAUUCUGAUAUGAUAUGAGGUUCAAUCAGUGAUCGAAGUAUUGAUGAUGGACGAGACAUACAUUCUGACUAUGUUAAGUCUAAAAUUCUUUGAGGUUGAGUUGUUGGAUUUUUUUAGUAAUAUAUUAUACGGCUGACUUUUGAUGAGUGUGUUUUAACAGUCUUUACGAUUACCCAUCAUGAACUUUAGUACUGUCGUGUAAAUAUUUCAUCAGACAAAAUGGCUGAACACUCUUCAAUCGAAAUGGAGAGUAGUUUUUCUUAAAGCAUAAACAUCUUGAGAUUGAACUUGUUUGACAGAAACUGUAUUUAUUGAAAGCACUUAAUUAAACCUAACUUAAAAUAUAAAAAUUGAAACCUCUCUUGAUGCACAUCUCUUGUUAUCAAAUUCAUAUUUCCUGAAUACAGGGUCUUUGAAUAAUACAGGAUAUCCUCAAUUCUCUAGUUAGUUUCCCUUUGAGUUUUGGUAUCAAGAAUUUUGAGAAAUAGAUUAUGAGAAAAGUUCAUUCUAGAAGGAAAGGAAUGAAACACAAAAGGGCGGAAGUAGACAGAAGAGCAUUAUCUUUCCUGCUUAACAUGGUUUUGACUUUAUUAACAACACUCAAAACUUGGUAAUGUCUUGUCUUAGUCUUCUUCCUUCCCUGGGGUAAGGGAUGUGGCCAGAAAUUAUUUUCAGCCAAUUGAAAUGACAACUACACAUUUGUCACUGGUAACUCAAUUUUUUUCUUGCGAUAUUAUCAAGUUAUUACCUAUUCACUUGCAAAUAUACAGUCAUAGGCAAGAAUUACAAUUGAUUUUAGAACUUCCUUUAGGUUCACAUUUUAUUGUAUGUUGCUUACAAUAUUCCCUUAUUCAGUGAUGUAAUUACCUUCUGAUUCUCUUCCACUUAAACAUUUCUUUGUAGUAUUUCACAGAUAUAUUACAAGUAUGCUUAAUGCAAUCAAAGUAUUUAUUAUUUACAUAUUUCCCGCUGAUAGUGAGUGAUAAAGGCAUAUUAUCUUGGGGGUAUGUUUUUGUUCAGAGAGACAUGCCCAUAGUUGUAUUUACUUUUUCAGGUGAAGUUUGGUUGAAUUGACUUUAAAUUUGAUUCUACUGGGUUAGCAAUGAAGAUAAAAGUGGAAGGACACCAUAGAUUCAUGAAUGAAUUAUGUAGAUUUCACUUCAUUUCAUGGUGUGUUAUUCUCUGAAACUGAUGCUAACAAUCAGUAGGAAAAACAGAAACUUUACCAAAUGACCCAAAUGGGCAAGUAUUUCUGGUAAACUGAAGGAGGAGGAUUCAUUAUUCAUUUUUAGAUUAAAGUAUAAAUUGUCAUGAAUUUCAUUUUUAUGAAUUUUGAGAAGUUGUUACUCCAUGUUUGCCCUUAGAAAAAAUGAAAUUGCAAAUGAUUUCAUUCUUCACAUUUUUUGAAAUAGUAAUUUGUAUACAUUACCCCUAACUAGACUUUCUAGCUCCCCCUUUUUGACCUAGAUAGGUCCAAAUCGGCAAAAGAUUUUGCCGCAUCUCCUGACUUUUUUCUUUGAAGUCUGAGGCCAAUUUGCGACACCCAGGUACGUGGUUCCAAAGAAAUGUAACAUGUUAAUGCAUGUCUGACCAAACAUUGCUCAAAAACAUUAUUUCAUGAACAAAUCCAAUGCAAGUUCUUUUUCUUGCCAAAAUUCAUAAAUGUAUCCUUAUUUUUAGAUUUUGUCUCGCCUGAAUGAAGUUCGGCAGAGACCUAAUAAUUACUUUUCCUGUUGGUCCGUUGAUCUG